AGGCGGGUCAAAGGCAGCGCUUCCGGUAAAUCCAGGAAGUGCCUGCAGUAAGUGUACUGUAGAUUCGUCGACUCCGGAUGGUUGGUCUCGAUAAGCUUUGAAUAAGUUUGCUUUUUUAAAUUAUAGGAACAUUAGAAGGAUUUAGUUGUGAAGAAUUUUUCUCGGUUGGCAUUGCAGCAAGUAUGCUGGCGUACAUAUGGCAGUAUGUGUACACAACCUACUUGAGGUACUGGUUCAAAUGGCUCAUCAGGCAGGCAACUGGGACAUGCGAGCUGCAGAGGAUAUGCUCGGGAUAUGGGCCUGGGGCAUCCAGAACGAUAAAUACAGAAUACUCCCUGAAGUUUUCAAAGAGCAAGCUUCUGCGAGGUGCUGUGGAAAGCAGCGAGGAGCACUUAGGACAACACGUGCAGCAAAUCAUGAAGGAGAAGAACAUCAAAGAGCAGACAAAUCCCCGUUUCAAGGAAAGCCUGCACACGUCGCUCCUGCAGAUCACGGGAUACGAGAGCCUGUACGCGUCCGUUGAAGACGUCAGGAAGGAAGCGUUCUGCCCGCAGAACCCUCAACACGAGGCCAUGCUGUUGAAGCUUUGGGAGCUGCUCAUGCCGAGCGUGACGCUGGAGUCCAGGGUGACCAAGCAGUGGGGGGACAUCGGCUUUCAAGGGGACGACCCCAAGACGGACUUCCGAGGAAUGGGCGUUCUGGGCCUCACAAACCUUCUCUUCUUCAGUGAACACUACACUCAAGAAGCUCGCCUGGUCCUGUCUCAUGCCAACCACCCCAAAUUGGGGUACUCGUACGCCAUCGUGGGGAUCAACCUGACCGAGAUGGCUUACAGCCUGAUGAAGAGCGGCGCUCUCAAAGCUCAUUUCUACAACACGGUGCCGGGUGCCCCCAAGCUACGUCACUUUCAUCAACUUUAUUGCUACCUGGCGUUUGAGUUUGAUAAAUUCUGGCUUGCGGAGGAACCUGAAAGCAUCAUGCUCUUCAACCAGUACAGAGACAAGUUCCACCAAGUCGUGCGGACCCUCCUGGAGGAUCCACGAGUGUCUCUCACUCUGAGCGCCCCGUCCUAAACCAAAUGCCACACUGGGGAUGGAGGUGUGGGGACCCCCCAGUCUGAGUGAGACAAAAUAGAGGUAACAGCCAAAGGAUGAAGAUGAUGAGGAGGGUCCAAAGACACUUCAGCAGUGGAGAACGGUUUUCAAGUUUUGGUCCACAAAGCAAUAACAGUAAUUAAUACACACAAUUAAAAAAAUAACAAUUACUCAACCAUCUCAGGAUUUUUGAUAUUUACGUCCUUAAUAAUGUCACCAAUGGUUUUUUUUCUGUUUUUGAAAGACAUUGUUGUACGCAUUCUCUUUGAACAUUCCAACGAUGUACAAUCGUAAAAAUAAAGGCACACACGCAUCAGAGUGUAAACGAGGUGAACUUUGUUUAUAGAAAGUCUUCUUCAUGUAAACAGCUUUUACAUGCGAGUACGAUGGACAUUUGGACGACUGAAUAAAGUGCAAACGUGAACCAACCCCCC